UGUGGCAAUGUAGAGAAGCAUUUGGCGUACAAAUCGUUAAAGCCGGCGUGGAAUAAUUGUAAAUAUGUCAGUGAGUGAUAACGUUAAUCUAUCAAGAUAAGAGUUAAACAAUUACAACUGACCAGUGACAAGAAUUUCCAGUUGAAAGCAAAAUGACAACGGAAUCUUUUAGUCAAAAUGAAGACAAUGUUCCUGUUUUGGAGGCAGAUCAAUCGUUAAAAAAUAAAAUGGAAUUGCUCGCAAAGCAUUUUCGUAAACAAUUUAAUUGUUCGCCUACAUUUUUUGUGAGGGUACCUGGACGCGUGAACAUAAUUGGAGAACAUGUCGAUUAUUGUGGUUACGCAGUUUGUCCAAUGGCCAUUCAGCAAUUUAUACUUGUUGCUGUUGCGCCAUCAGAAACAGAUGAAUUUCGUAUAACUAAUCUCGAUUCGAAAUAUGCUGAUUUUAAGUGCAAAGAUUUUCUGGGCCUGAGCAAUCGAAAUAUAAAUGAUUCGAAUGGUGGUCCCGAUUGGCAUAAAUAUUUUCUUUGUGGUGUGAAAGGAAUUUUAGAAAUAAUACCAAAGGAAAAUAUUCCAACGGGAAUGUUUGCUGCCGUUUGGGGAAAUGUUCCUGCAAAUUCUGGACUUUCGAGUUCUAGUGCUCUUGUUUCUGCUGCUGCAUUGUCAACAGUACACGUUUGUCAGUACUCAAUGACAAAAGAACGUCUAGCAACAAUUAGUGCGAGUGCUGAAAGAUAUAUAGGAACAAUGGGAGGCGGAAUGGACCAGGCAAUUGCUUUCUUAGGAAAAGCAGGCUCAGCGAAACUGAUAGAAUUUAAUCCUCUGCGUGCGACAAAUAUAACAUUGCCUGAACAUGCAGUUUUCGUAAUAGCACACUCUCUGGUGUGUCACAAUAAAGCUUCAACUACCGACUUUAAUCUCAGAGUAGCAGAGUGUCGGUUCGCAGCACAGAUAUUGGCGAAGAAAAGAAACGUUAAUUGGAAAAGUAUACAAAAAUUAAUUGACAUUCAAGAAGGUUUAAGCAAAAGUCUUGAGGAAAUGGUGGAAAUUGUGAUGACAGACCUUAAAGAGGAGCCUUACACUCUAAAUGAGAUUUUAGAUUUAUUAGAAACAACAAAUGAGGAAUUAAAAAUUUACUCCAUCAAAACGCCAUUUAAUCCCUCACAGAAAUAUAAACUUCGUCAAAGAGCUCUCCACGUUUUUCAAGAAGCAUCGAGGGUUCUAGCGUUUCAAAGAAUAAAUGAAGACGAAAAUAUAAAAGAAAAUGAUAAACUCCAACAAUUGGGAAAUCUUAUGUCGAAGAGUCAUUCCAGUCUCUGUAAAUUAUAUGAAUGUAGUCACCCUCAAGUUGACGCCCUUGUGAAUUCAGCUCUUGAUUCUGGAGCAUUGGGAGCGAGACUAACAGGGGCUGGAUGGGGAGGUUGUGUGGUUGCAAUCACAACUAGACAAAAUGUAGAACAAUUUUUAGAAAGUCUUGUAGAGAAAUAUUAUAAUAGUCACGAUUUGAAGGGUGCUGAUAUAAAAGAUUUAGUUUUCCCGACUGAACCAUACCAGGGUGCUGCUAUUUACGUUUCUACUUUUACAUAAAUUUUUGAAAAUUUUCCUUCUCGACGAAAAUUCCCUCUAUACACAGUAGAAAAUUUACUAUUGUAAAAAUAUUUUUUAAUAGAAAAAUAUUUUUCACUUCUUUCGAAUACUUUAUGGACGAAAAUUUUUGAUGCUUUUUAGCGUCACUUUUCUGUUAAAAAAAAAAUUGAAUUAUAAUUUUUAAUUAUAAUUAUGCAAAAUUAUAAUUUUAAUUAUAGAAAAUUAUAAUCAUAGAAAAUUUUAAUUAUAGAAAAUUAUAAUUAUAACUUCGUA